GAUAGAUUGAUGUGCAGGGGCAUAUACAAGUCUACAACUGGUGGGAUGGUAUGUAGUCCUAGGGCUGAUAGGGUGCGUAUGUGCAGAUUUAACGAAAGUCAGCAAUUCUAAUAACUGGUUUAUUAUAUAUUCUGAUAAACAUUACGAACCAAAUAUGGUAGCACUGAAAGGUGUAAACAAAAUCAGAACACCAUAUAAGGUUUGGAUCAAUUUCCUAAAAUGGACCACCGCUCAUGGUCUCCCGCAUGUUGUGCGUUCUCACUCCUCCUACCGGAAGGUAUUUUGGCUGUUAAGCGCAAUCAUGUGCCUUGUAGGACUGAUCUUCCAACUGGAGAAGAUAGCCGUACAGUUUCUGACCAACCCGUACGCUGUGAGUACCUAUAUGGAAUAUGCUGUUGAAUUACAGUACCCUGCUGUCACACUUUGUAACUUAAAUCCAGUACGGACUUCUGUUCUACGACAGGAAGCAAAAACUGGCGGCCGGCUAGGCAAUCUUUUGGCCCAACUAUAUGGCAAGUGUGAAAACGCAACAGAACCGAAAGAGAUUCUGGCAAACGAGUUGAUGUGGUCUUGGCUACAGUUUGACGACAGUGCCAAGGCUCGUCUUGGACACCGCAUAGAAGAUAUGCUGUUAGGGUGCACUUUGCAUGGACAGACGUGUGCACCAGAGAAUUUUACACUUUUGUUCAACUCUAAAUAUGGCAAUUGCUACACGAUCAAGCCUCUUGCGUCACAAAUCCACAAGCCUGGCCAUUCACACGGUUUGACAGUAGAGCUCAAUAUCCAACAAGAGGAGUACUUGCCGGUGAUCGCGGAGGCAGGAGUCCGAGUGGUGAUAACGGACCACAAAAGUGUGCCAUUUCCAGAGGAUAAUGGUUUAAGUGUGUCUCCGGGAUUCUAUUCAGCCGUUGGAAUGUCCAUGGUUGAAAUCAGUAGGUUGGGCCCGCCAUACAAGAGUAACUGUACCAAUGGUUUUCCAACCUUAUACACAGGAUACACGACGGCAGGAUCUGGGUAUAACUACACCGUUCACGCUUGUAUGAAAAGUUGUGUUCAAACUGUUACCAUUGAGGAGUGUGGAUGCAGUCUGAUGAAUUGCCCCAACCCCAAUAAGACCAGGCUGUGUGCCAUAAACACUAAUUCAACUGAUUACGAAUGCACUCAGAGGAUGCACCGGCAACUUGCCAGCAGAUCUUAUGACGCGUGUUCGUGUCCGCAGCGCUGCAGGUAA